UGCAUCAAUUCCUUGUUCUUUUUCUCUUUUCUUAUUUACAACCCCUAUAAUUUUUAAUUACUUUAUUUCGGUAUAGGCUCUGGUCAAGGCAUUCUUGAACCUCCGAACACAAAUUUGGAAGAGAAAAACCCAGGGCUUCUCUGCAUGCGACCAUGGUGAAUCUUGAUCUCCCCGACGGUACCUCACCGCCUUCACAUAUUCUCCGCAGUACAAAAUCCAAAUCCCCAGGGAAACAUGCUUCAAAGCCUUCUCCUUCAGAACCAGAACACGUGACAAAGAAGAAGAAUAAGACAUUGGCUUCUCCGAGCAGCAGCAGCAGCAGAAUCUGGAACGAGGAAGAUGAGCUCACGGUGUUAAAAGGGUUAGUGGAUUACCAAGCUCAGAAAGGAAUCGAACCCAAGAGUAACUGGUCUGACUUCUAUCGUUUCCUCCUCGGAGGAGGAGGCUCCAUCACAGGGAAAUUCUCAAAGGAACAGGUUUUGAGUAAGAUCCGCAAGCUCAAAGCUAAGUUCAUUGCUAGCAUUCAGACAGGAAACACUAGCCAGUCUGAAGCCUUUCUACUUUCCAAAAGUAUAUGGGGCCUCCAAAAUGAAUCUGAUCAGUCUACCAAGAGUCCUGAGGAAAUGGCUAAUCAUGAGGCUUCGAAUAAUGAGGUAACAGAAGCUGACUUUGAAGGCAACGACGAGUCAUCAUGGGCUGUGCGUGAUGCGUUCGAGACCAUGGUCUCCAAAGGCUUAAGUGAUUAUCAAAAGAAGUUGCAGCUUCAGAAGCUGAUGAACCUUGGAUCUGCUAAAAGAAAAGAGCUGAGCGAUGAGUGGAACGAGUUAUGUGCUGAGGAAGUUAAACUCAAUAUCAAGAGGCUUAAGUUUUCUGCUAUGCUUGCUGAGGCUGCUAAAUGGUAAACAUAGAAUCAGUAUGUGUUUUCUGUGGUGUCUAAAAGUAUCAAGUCUCUCGGGUUUUAUGUAAUAAAAUAUCGGUUUCUACAAA